UGAAAGGCGUGAAGGCGCGGGCCGUAAAAAGGAAUCAGGCGAAAACAAAUCGUUUACUGGAUAAAAAAACUGAAGAGAUAACGACAAAGAUUGGAGUUGCUCAACUAUCUUUGACAGUAAGGGGACAUGAAGGCCUUCAAAGGAGCAGACUUUAUAAAGAGGACAUCUUCUAUAGAUGCAGUGGGAAAUUUACACUCUGAACUCCAGGCAUGUCUCGCUGAUGUCCCAGGUGCUUCCUCUGCCCAAGACCAGCUGUCAGAUCAAAGAGUAGUAUGUGACCGCGUACUUCGUGCCUGUAACCACUGGGCAGGGGACUCCAGCUGUCAUGGUGAACACUUACAGAGCCUUGUGCCCCUUGCACAACUUGCUUGUCGAGGUUUCCAUGCAUCUUGUCCCCAGCGCACUCCCUUCUAUCUUGAAAAAAUCCUCUUUCAUCUAAUGAAGAACUUCUCUGCACGUGAGUCAUCAUUCUGGGCCUGCACUCAAUUUUCAGAUCUUCUGUACUCCUUUCUUUUCAGCUCACCUGCAGAUCAGCAGGAUUUAGGGGACUUCACAGCUUUGUCCAAAAGUGGAUUUCAGCUGCUUUGGAAGGCAGCUAGUGAUAAAGAGCAGAAGCAAACCCCUUGUUCCUAUAACAGAGAAACCCUGUGCCUUAGACUACAUUCUUUGCGCUUCCUUUUGCUCAUAGAGUGUUCAGCAUCUCAUGAAGAUUCUUCCUUAUCAGUCUCUCGCCAUACUAAGUCGGCAACAUUGGCUUUUGAGUCCAAAGGCAAAUUGUGCAGCCAAGAUGAUGCUCUUUUCCUAAGUCAAACUCUGGAGGAUCUACUAGUGAAACCUCUUGUACAGCAUGGCAUACAUAGUGGGCCACGGGCUCGUUGUUUAGUGGAACUCACAUUGGAAAGGUGUCAUAAACUCUGCAAAAGCCGCUGCUUUAAACAAGGACGAGAAGCUAUUAAAAAAGCUCAUGAAUAUUUAAAUGGGGUAGAAGGAUGCUGUCAAGUGGGACUGGCACUUUUGGAUCUUGCUCUAGACUUUAAUGAACUGGACAGAUCAUUUGAACUUGAGAAACUUUUGUCAAAGGGGACAGACCUAGUUAAAGCAGCCUUUGACUCCGGUGAUGGCUGGCUGUGUCAGGCACUGGGAGAGUGCUGCCAAUUUGCUGUUUCCUCUUUGGAUGGACGUCUUAGGCACAGUGUUAAUGCUGGAAAGCUAGGCCUUCAUGAGGUCCUAAGUCUGGCCAAGUUUCUUGAGUUGCAUUCCUGUCUUAUAGAGAAGCAAGCAUCCAUGAUUUCCAAAGAUGCAACACGGCAACUUCGCAUUUUGAAGCAACAGCAGUAUAGUGGCUUUCAGAACUUUACUAGUGCCGUAUGCAGCUUUCUGCAGAGGUGUAAGGACACAGGAUGUGAUGGUUUGGAGCUGUUGCUUGAGUCCUGCAAACAUGCAAUCUCCAGGGUGCUGAGCUUUCUUGAGACUCUCCCUGAUCAAGAUGUGACUGAGUUUCUGACUAUAACAGCAUCUUGUGUACACAACUUAGCCUACUGGUUUUUCAGUCAGAAGAGAUACCAAGAAGCUUCUGACCUUGUAUCUCCACUUUGUGAGCGGCUUGCAAUGAAGGGCUGUGGGCCAGAUCCAGAACUGGCUGUAGAAAGGCUGCACCGUUGUUUCAAACUUCACGUGGAAAGCUGCAGGAAGGCUGGACAAAACACGCUUGGUCUUGCAGCGGUGGCUCACUGGCUACGAGCUCUGCGUGCUCAAGUAACCAAGCAAAUGGCAGAACCUAUAGCCCUCUGGGUUAGAGUUAAAAUGGAUGGUGUAAAAAAUGGGGAUGAGGAGUUAAGACUUAGGACUUUAAAGGAUGAGCUCACUCAACAACCAAUGGAUCCAGAGCUGAUGGUCUCUCUUCUAGCAGAGGAACUUAAAGGGUACAAGUCAGUUCACGGUGACACAGGGCAAGAGCGUUACAACACAAUAUGUGACCUCCUAGAGCUGUGUAGCGAGGGCAGCAAUCUCCAUCAUUACCGCCCACCAUUCCUCCUUGAGUUGGCUCAGGUUUUGUGCUACCAUGAUUACAGAGAGCAGACAGACUGCUCUGCCUUGGACGCUGUUGAGGAAUGUCUCAGACUUCUUGAAUCUACAUCAGCAGAGCUGAAUAAUCCACUUUUACUGGACACUAAAGCUAAGGCUCUUCUUUGGUGGUAUAUCUGCACACUUGAAGCCAAAUUACAAGAGGGCUUGGAAGUUCAGCGGCGUAAAGCUAAGGAUGACACGCAGCAGCCUUGGACUGGUGUAGAAUAUGAACCUAAUGAUCUCAAUUAUGAAGAUAAACUCCAUGAUGAUCUGUCUGUGAGAGAUGGGAUCUGUUUCACUCUGGCAGGGGAAGCAGGUCCCAUGAAAAGUCUAGAUGAGGCCCUUGCUUUAUGGAAGUGUAUUCUUUCUGGCCCUGAAACACCGUCACUGAGCAGCACUGAACAAACAGUCUUUUCCUUACAACUUCUUGGUUCCUUGUACAGACUUAUGGGGAAGCCUCUGAAGUCCAUUGAAAGCUUCCAGCUGGCCUGUCAUCUUUCUCAUUCUUUGAGGGAUAAUAUUAGAGAGGUUGGGGCCCUCUGCCAGCUCACCAGGCUUCUGUUCUACUUAAACAGUCCUCAACAUGCACAGAUCACCCUUCAAGAGGCAGAAAGAAUAUUACAAUCUGCUGACCGUAACAAUGAAAGUUACACUUUGUAUGAAUUGUCUUGUCAGCUUCUCCACAGCCAACUUUACAGAUACACAGACCAGUUUAAGGAUGGUGUAGAGCUUCUGCUUGGCCUUCUUCAGCACCCAGCUUUACAGAAAUCAUCCAAAGCAUGGUAUCUACUAAAGGUCCAAGUUCUGCAGGAACUUUCAGCGUUCCUUAGCCUCCCUUCCGCAUGUCUCCUUCCAGACCUUCAGAAGCAGUUGUAUACCUACGGCUGGCAUAACCCUGAGACAGCCCUGACAGAUGCUCACAAGCUGCUUAGGAGUAUUGUUCUUCUCCUUCUUGGGAAUGAGGUUCUAUCUUCCCCUAAAGGUUCUUCUGAAGUGCGUUUUGUGGAUAAUGGGGAAAAUCUUCUUCUGAAGUGGCAGGUUCUUGCUGAUUUGCUGAGCUGUUCCCAGGAUUUAGUUAGCACACUUUGUCGAAUGGGCAGUGUUUCAGAGGCCAAAUCUUUCUGUCUUGAGGGGCUUAAAGUUGCCAAAAGUCUUCAAAGUAUAAGGCACUGUGCAGAUUUCCUUGUGAGGAAGGCAGAGUUGGAGACACUACGUUCAGAAACCCAGCUCUGUGAGGAUGAUCUGCAGUAUGUCGUCUUCCUAAUGGAGUCUUGCACAGAUUUUACAGCAAAAUCUCAACAAAAGGAGGUGAAGGUAAAAAAACUUUCCAAAGGAACGAUGUCAACCAAAAAAGGAAAGAUUGCUGAUACUCCACCUAGUCCUCCAAAGGAAGAUUUUAUUAAAGGGAUGGCACUUCAGUAUGUUGAUACCAGGGAUGCUUUAAUUGCCCCUGAUUCUCCUUCAUCUGUACCUUACCCUGAAAAGACUCUGCCUCACUUUAUUUCCCACACUCUUGACUGUACCUGCCCUCUGUGCUCUGAUUUGAUGCUGUCCUUGUUGUGCACUCGCUGGCUGGUGGCUCAAGCCGAGAAUGAUUCCCAGAGUUAUGGCUUGCUAAGUUUGGCUCUGCAAAGAUGUCAAAGUAUAUCACAGCGCUUCUCUGAAAUCCUUCAGAAACUAUUCUUCAAAGAAGACUCUAAACCUGUAGCCCUUGGUGUGGCUGACGAUUUAGUGGCUAGAGUAUACCUGGCAAUGUCAUCACUGAGCCCACCUACUAAACUCCUGGAUGAAACCCUGGAAAAUGGUCUGAGUUUUCUAUCCUCCCGACAAGACAGUUUUCCUAAGCACUGGAAGGCAGGUCUUCUACUUGCUAAAACAAUGAAAUUUAUUUACAAACUGUCUUCUAAAUAUAGCGGCUCUGUUGCAGAUCUCUUUGUGCAGUUAUGGAGCUGGCAGCCACAAUUUGGAAGCAAAAAUGACAAUAAGAGUAGAGCACCAUCUAAGAGUGCUUUAGGCAAAAAAGUCUUUCUAACCACACCAACAGAUCUCCAAGCUCCUGUAUGUCUGGUAGGCUCUGUAGAUACACCAAUAUUUUCCAGUAGGCCACAAACCACUCCAAACCAAAAGUACCGUCCAUCAACCCAGUCAAGAUCAGUAAUACCAACCCUAACAACAAAGAGCACAUUUAUGGUCUAUAAUGAAGAAUCACCUGUGCCAACAGUACAACCGAGAGCACCCAGAGGGCGCAAAACUAGGACCGUGCUAAAGGUUGUUUUUAGCGAUAGUGACCUUGAUGUUCCAGAUGACCCUGAUGAUAACUCUGCCCCAAACUGCAAAAAAAACACAGCACGAGCCAAGUCAGGAGAGCAGAGAAGGAAUGCACGUAGAGCUAACUUAAUGCAGACUGCUCAGGACUCAGAGGAUGAAGAAAGAAAGGGUAAAAGUAAACCAAGACGAGGGAGACCCAGUACAAAAAAGGCUCCAGAAGAGAGACACUCUCCUGUGUCCCAGAGGAGGAGCCGCCGAGUAAAAAUGGAAGCUGCUUGUGAAGAGGUGGAGGUACUAAGAGCAAUAAUCGAGGAACCAGAGGAGAUAUUAAAUUUAAGUAUUGAUGAACUGCGAGGAUCUGAUACAGAGGAAAAAAACGUAAACAAAGCGCACCAGAAGGUGCAGAAGCCACUCAGGAAGGAGAAAACUGUAACGGCUUGUGAUGUUUUAAGAAGGGAUGCUGGAGUGGAACAGGGAAAUUGGACCAAUGGCAUAAAAGAGAGAGCUAUUGAUUUAAAUCCAUUCAGCAUCACAGGACUGUCAUCCCCAAUGGCAGCUACUUUAAGUAGUCUCAACCUUCAUUCUGUAUCUUCUCUCUUGCAUGAAGCUUUGGAGUCUGUAUCUCACUUUCCGCCAUGUGUUUUGUAUUCUCGGUUAUGCCACUUGCUAGCUCUGUUUACUGGCGACAAGGAUCCAUACAACACUGCUCUUCUCGUAAGUGAGUCUGUCUCAGUAACAUUGCGACAUCACCUGCUCAGUGAUAUUCACCGUAAAAUGAGGAAGCUUAGAAAGGAAGGCACAGGGGAUAUGUGUGACAGAUUUCAGAGACUGACAAUAUCGGAUAAUAAAGAUCCCCGGAUCCAGUAUCUUGUUGAGCUUGAGGAGCUCUUCCACUUCCCGGCACAAGCUUUUGAUACACAGAGGUUUAAAGAACAACUAAAACGAAUGCCAGCAAAUACCGUAGCAUGUGUGCUAACGUUGGCAGACUCGCAACUAGGAAGCCCUGGUGACACCUUACUACUGACUAGGCUUGAGAAGGACAACCCUCCAGUUACUGUGCAGAUACCGACUGCUCAUCUGAAGGUGUCUCUGAGUGCUGCUCUACACGAAUUUGACGAAAUUCAGAAGCAGCAGAAAGCGAUCAACAAUUUAACUGACAAAAAAGAAUGGUGGGAUGGACGUAUGGGGCUUGAUGGUCGGAUGAAGGCUUUGAUUGGGUUAUUGGAAGAGCAUAUCCUUGGUUGUUGGAAGGUUCUGAUGAUGCCACCCUGUUUGGAUCCAGCGGUAUCAGAAGAAGCUAACAAACUAUUAGAGCUUUCAGAGUGUGACUGGGGGAAGGUGAAUUCUACACUUUUGAAGACUGUUCUUGGUGGUAGCCACCACUUGACUCCUCAACUGAUCAGCUCAUUAAUUCAGGGUUUCAACCUAUCACAACCAGAGCGAGCACAGGAGCUUCUACAAAAAGCAGUUGAGAGGCUAGAAUCAAGUACCUCAAACACAAAAGGCCACCUGGUGCUUAUAUUAGAUAAGCACCUUCAAAAACUUCCAUGGGAAAGCACUCCCUGCCUCCUAUUGAGAUCAGUCACACGUCUUCCGUCACUACACUUCCUGCUCAGCUACAAUCUACGUACAAAGUACCAACCUCAAAGCACCUUAGUUCAAGGUGUUGACCCCAAGCAGACUUUUUAUGUCCUUAACCCACAUUCCAACCUUCCAGGCACAGAGGAGCGGUUUAGGGAAUGGUUUCAAAAUGAACCCGGGUGGAAAGGAGUGAUAAGGUCUCCUCCAAAAUCUGAGCAGCUUCAGUAUGCAAUAACAAAACAAGAUCUCUAUAUCUAUGUUGGACAUGGUGCUGGUGCACACUUCUUGGAUGUUCAGACGCUCCAGCGAUUGGAUUGUAAUGCUGUGGUGUUGCUAUUUGGAUGCAGUAGUGCUGCACUAGCAGUGCGGGGAGACUUGGAAGGAGCAGGCAUUGUGUUAAAAUACUUAUUGGCUGGCUGCCCUCUGGUGCUCGGGAACUUGUGGGAUGUCACAGACCGUGAGAUUGAUCGAUACACAGUAGCAUUCCUGCAAGGCUGGCUCAAGGCAGGUCCUGGUGCUCCCCUUCUGAAGUUUCUGUCAGAGUCUCGCCAGGCUCCCAAGCUGAAGUACAUAAUUGGUGCUGCGCCUGUUGCCUAUGGCUUGCCCGUCAACCUGCAAUGACUCAUGAGCUUGACUGGCUAAAGGCCAUUGUACAGAGAGUAUAUUUUAUUAUUCACUUUUAAAUAGGGAAAGCAUCUUCAAAUUUGCCUUAAUCAUCAGGAGAAACUGCAAUAUUUAUUACACUGCUGCUUUGUUCGUCCUGUUCAAGAUGCAUGUUCUGAUGCCUGGCAGUCACUGGAUUUAAGUCUUUUUAUGUCUUUAAUUUAAGCAGAUGAUAGGACUUUACCCUUUUAUGUGCUGCUGUAGACCUCUAUUGUGUAUAUAUAAAUUGUUAAAGACAUUGCAGUCACAGAAGUUGCCAAUGUUCUAUAUUUGUCUUUAACUGUAAUUUAUGAUAAAUUUGAUACUAUUUUAUUGACCUCGUCCUUUAUAAAUACAAGCAUGCAUUUAUUACACAAUGCAACAACUCUUAAGUAAAGAGUUUUUAUUUCUUUGUAAUUUCAGUAGCACUUUUUUAGAAGUUGAAAUUUAAGAAAAUACAUCUAAUGUAUUAAAUGUUUUGAAUGCUAAUAUAAAUUUGUAUAAUAAAUAUAUAAAUAUA